GAUACCGCUAGGAAACAUCCAAAACCAUCGAGGCAAGGCGCGCAGUAAACAAACCUCCAGUUGAACACCCAACACACUGAGGAUCUGACGAGGAUUUGUGGAGUAGGCACAAACUUUAACUAUUGUAAUAGAAGACGAAGUUAACACAAGUAGCCAACCAAAGAAACUGGAAACACUUCUUUUUCACCCGCAGCUUUCCCACAUCACAAGUUACCACCAUCAAUUGCAUUUAUUUUGAUAUCGCAAGGCACGAUGCGAAACCCCGACGGGAAGAUGACGACGACAACAACAACAAUCAAGCAUACAAAGCUUCGGCUGACCUCGGCUCUACUUUUGGUGGGUUUGGCCAUGGUAUGCUUUGUCACAGUGUCGCGUGAAGAGAGGAUUGAGAAUGGAUUUCUCCCCAAGAAGACAGCAGAGGAAGGUCGACGCGCUGCCGUUGACAAUUGGAAUCACACAAAGCUGGAUCAGUCAUCGAGCCACGAAGCAGCCAAGAAGGAAAUGGCAAACCUCCGAAAGCAAGUCUCUGCGAGGGACAAGGAGUUGGAAGAAUUAAAGGCCAGCAUGGCAAAUCUUCAAAAGAAACAAAGCAUUGAUGAUGCCACAAAAGCUCAGGCAUCCAAACCUCCCGCCGAAUCCUUUUGCCAAGACACUGCCUUCCACAGGUGGCAAAAACUACAACAACCCAUCCGUAGUGCUGCGUUUGACGCACUGGAGUCUUGUUGGUCAAAAGAUGCUCCUCAAGUCGACAAGAGCAAUAACCAUACCCAGGCAGCCUUUCAUCAGUUGACUAAGAGAAUGUUUUCGGAACUCACUUCGUAUCGACUGAAGCAAUCCGUCAAACUACCCGCGAAUCCACUGGUCAUGGAAAAGGUUCAGCAAGUUAUCCAAAACCGCAUGGACGACCCCCAGAAAAAUCCACCCCUGCGAAUUGCCGUCUUUGGCGGGUCCGUGACGACGGGAUUUGAAGCCAAUGUCAACGACGUUGGAUUGCCCUUUGGAUCGCGAGAAACAAUUAAAGGCUGUGAUUGGACCCACAAACUUCAGUUGUUGCUGAAUAAAAUGUUGCCCGCACUUCUCCCUGGUGGCGGUAGUGCCAAUGAUAUUGUCCAAGUACAAAACUUUGCCAUUUCAGGAUCGGAUUCCGUCAUUGGAAGCACACUGUUUGAAUUUGAUCUAUGGCGUGGUAAAAGUGCUGCGGCACAAGAGCUACAAGGCAAGGAUUUUGACAUUUUUAUUUCCGCUUAUAGUGCCAACGAUGGAAAAGCACCGGCCGAGGAAAGGGAGAGAGUCUAUGAGAGUAUGCAAACAUUUCUGCGUCUGACCAUGGACCAACGCCCCUGCAGCGACCUACCCCUCGUCAUUCAACUCGAAGAUGUUCCCUUGGAAAGCCAGCCUCAUAUUGAGACUGUCAAAGAGUCUCUGUGGUUUCCCCGUCACAUGGGAGAGACUGCAGCUUGGACUGGCGGCAGCGUCAUGGCCGUUUCCUAUACAGAUGCGAUCCGAGAUUACGUACUCUCACAUCCUCGUGACGACACCACUUUCUAUCAAUGGGGCGCUCUACACCCGGGGUUGAGCUUUCAUACUGGCAUUAGUUGGGUGUUGGCAUACAAUUUACUCUCCGGUUUGUUGGAUGGAUGUGAUGCCAAGACGAUGCCUCACCAUGCUGAUCCAGAGCCAAGAGUGGGCUUCGUGAAACCCUUGCUGACAGAGCAGCUCAAAGGUGGCGACAUUCACCACCAGUGGAACGAAACAUCGCGCCAAAAGAAGGAAGUGUGCCAAGGAGGCAAUACCGAUGCUAUGACUACCACUUGUGUCUACAAGUGGGUUGCUGCCCAACAGUCGGCCCGUUCCAAAGAAGAGGUGCACAAGGCAGUGUCCAGUGUAGCCACCAACAUCGAAGGAUGGGAGGCGUAUGGUAACCCUGUUCGAAAACCUCGACGGACCUGGAGAGCACUUCAAGAAAAUGCGACAUUUACGAUCCAGCUAGAUAAUAUUGAAUCGGAUGUUAAUCAACUGGUACUGUUGUAUCUGAGAAGCUAUGGCCCAAAUUGGGUGGAUGUAAAACUGACUGUCGUUGUGGAAGGGAGUGCCCCAAGUGCCGAGAGUUGGGAAAAGCUGAAUGAGGCAUUGCUAAUUGGCUCGCACAACAGUGAGACUAGUGUCAACUACUCCAAAAAGAUCAACCUCAAAAAAGUCAUGGAGAAGGGAAGCAGCAUUAGAGCCACAUUUUCUCUGGUGGCCGGGAGAGUGUUCCAAGUGAAUGGGAUUGCCUUCUGUAAACAUGUGUAGCUGGUUUGUAUCCAACCAUCCAGCUUGAGAGCGGGGCUGAUGUUAAAUCUUCUGUGUUCCUUGUGCGGUGAAGCUGCUAAUUUGUAUCUGGAAGGAUGAUAUUGCAUCCUCUAACGCCAAAGUAACAAGCUUGUGUCGUGCUUACCCUGGCAUCAGAGGGCCUUGUACAUAACACAUAGCAGCCCUUUUGGUUGCCAGCCAUAAAGUAAGAGUGAAGCGGGGGCCACGGCCAAGCCAAUGAUACCUUGUCGGUCUCCAAAAAAGGGCCAGCCUCUGGCUAGCUAGCCAAUUGUUUUGUUAGCACAUACCGUACCAGGACCGUCCGACGGUUUUUCGCUCAGGCUUUAAAAACUGCCACGACUGACUCAAAUCCUGGUUCUGGUUAAGAGGAUGUAAGAGGAUGCGAAGAUUUAAAAGGAUGCCUAAGAGGAUGUUGAGUAUUUAAGAGGAUGUUUAUUUAAGAGGAUGUUCAGUCGUGAUAAGAGGAAGUCCUAUGGUGUUUCAAUGAAGGCUUAAGAGGAUGUUUCGAAGCUUAGAGAGGAUGUUGUUAAGAGGAUGUUUAUUUAAGAG